AUGGUCACUAUGCGAAUCCUUCUUAUCCUGCUGCCUCUGGCUGCGCCCAAGAAUUGCGGUGCCACUAUUCAAGGAACAAUGUGCAACUUUUGUUGCGCAAAGGAUGUAAAGCCCGAUAGCACGCACUGUAAAUCUGCGAAUGCGGCAUGCCAGGCUGGUGGAAAGCCUGACGGUGUGACAUUCAACUGUGAUGCCGACUAG